CUUGAAGGACCCCAGCGACAAUUCCGAAACCUGAACGCGGGCUAACGUUGACCUCGAUUAUUACCAUAUUAAUAGCGAUAUUGCAUGGAAACAAACUUUAUGAAGUGCUACAUCUUGGAUUUAUACACUCGAAUAAACAGCUUUUUCGCAAUGGCGGGUGCAGGUGUUCAAGAGAAAAACUAGAAUUUGCACACAGCUCGUAGAAACAGCCUGCUAGCUAGCUAACCGUCGUUUGAUGUUGUUGUAGCCUGAAAUCGAAACGUAGGGGAAGUGCUUGGAAUCUUUUAGUUAAGUUUCAUUUCUGACAAGCUACGGCACACCGUGUUGCUGUUUAUUCAACUGGCUAGCGAGCUAUCUUUCUGGACAUACAAACUUGCUAGCUAGUGGUCGUUUGAACUGCUCACACACUUGUUAGCUUGCCAACCACUGCUCAGUCCAACAAGGAACACUGGAAUGGUCCAGUUUACACAUCUGCGUUAGGUAGCCAUACACAUCUGUAAUACGAGUCAGGAUGAAGAGGAGGGGGGGCACAGCCUCUGACCCCCUCGUGGGGAGCAAGAGACGCCGUGAUGACGCCAGCUCGGACGACGAGUCGCCGCAUCUCACAGCCAGUCAGGACUCCAGCCAGAGCGACUCCCACAGCGACCCGGAGGACCACCGCCCGGGGUUCUCCAUGCCAUCCAUCUCCCAGAAUGCAUCAGCGGCGGACGACUCCAAACAGGAUGACGCCGACAAGUUCUCCAUGUACAACAGGGUGUCGCAGAGGCUCAUGGCCAAAAUGGGUUUCCGUGAGGGCGAGGGCCUGGGUAAGUUUGGCCAGGGGCGUAAGGAGAUCGUGGAGGCGUCCACCCAGCGAGGGAGAAGGGGUCUGGGCCUCACACUGCAGGGCUUCCAGGGGGAGCUGAACGUGGACUGGCAAGACGAACCAGAGCCCAGUGCGCUAGAGAUUGUAGAAUGGUUUCCGGAAAGCACCACAGAGGUCCCAGAUGCAGAUGAGCUAAGGGACUGGAUAGCGUUGGGACCGCGGAAGCUGAAGAUUGAGGAUGAGACAGAGUUCUGCACCGAGGAUCUGCUCCACACACUUCUGAGGUGCAAGACGGUGUUUGACGACCUGGAGGGGGAGGAGAUGAGGCGAGCCCGGACGCGCUCCAACCCUUACGAGACCAUCAGAGGCGCCUUCUUCCUCAACAGAGCGGCUAUGAAGAUGGCAAACAUCGACCAUGUCUUUGACUACAUGUUCACCAACCCAAAGGACUCCCAAGGGAAGCCCCAGACGCGAGAGCGCGAGGGCGAGCUGCUGUACUUUGCGGACGUGUGCGCCGGGCCGGGCGGCUUCUCCGAGUACAUCCUCUGGAAGCGGCGCUGGCACGCCAAGGGCUUCGGCAUGACCCUCAAAGGACCCUGCGACUUCAAGCUGGAGGACUUCUACGCUGCGCCCAGCGAGCUGUUUGAGCCUUACUACGGUGAGGGAGGGGUAGAUGGAGAUGGCGACAUCACUCGACCCGAGAACGUGAGCGCCUUCCGGAACUUUGUGAUGGAGAGUACAGAGAGGAGAGGCCUUCACUUCCUCAUGGCAGACGGGGGCUUCUCUGUGGAAGGCCAGGAGAACAUCCAGGAGAUUCUAAGUAAACAGCUGCUGCUCUGCCAGUUCCUCACCGCCAUGUCAACACUCAGGCCAGGGGGCCACUUUGUGUGUAAGACCUUUGACCUGUUCACCCCCUUCUCCGUGGGGCUCAUCUACCUGCUGUACCUCUGCUUCGACAAGAUCUCGCUCUUCAAACCCAUCACCAGCCGGCCCGCCAACUCCGAGAGGUACAUCGUGUGUCGCGGGAUGAAGCCCGGCACGGACGCAGUGCGAGAGUUCAUGUUCACGGUCAACCUCAAACUCAACCACCUGAGGAACAGCGAGUCUGACGUUGUGGAGGUGGUUCCCCUCGACAUUAUGAAAGGAGACACACACUUCUACCAGCACAUGGUCAAGUCCAAUGAGAACCACUGUGCAGUCCAGAUCAAGGCCCUAGCAAAAAUCCAUGCCUAUGUGUUAGACCCGGCCCUCUCUGAGUCCAGGCAAGCAGAGAUCCGAAAAGAGUGUCUGAAACUUUGGGGGGUUCCUGAUAAGGCCAGAGUGACUCCCUCUUCCUCAGACCCCAAGUCCAAGUUCUACGAGCUCAUAAAGGGUUCGGACGCAGAGUCGUUCAACUCCAAGCCCACUCCUCUGAGCUCCACCACGCUGGACAAGGUGCACCACGUCCUGGACUACCGCUGCAUUGUGGGCGGAGGCGAGCAGCUCUUCCUGCUUGCUCUCGGGAAGUCCCAGAUCUACACGUGGGACGGGAAGAUGCCCCUGCGCUGGAAGAAGCUGGAGUGCUUCAAGCUGGAGCUGCCCAGAGAGACCCUUCUGAGCGUGGAGAUCGUCCAGGAGCUGAAGGGAGAGGGCAAAGCCCAGCGCCGGAUCAACGCGGUGCAUGUUCUGGACGCUCUGGUGCUCAACGGCACCGACAUAAGAGACCAGCACUUUAACCAACGAAUCCAGAUGGCUGAGAAGUUCGUGAAGGCCGUGUCGAAGCCCAGCAGGCCGGACAUGAACCCCAUCAGAGUGAAGGAGGUGUACAGGCUGGAGGAGAUGGAUAAAAUAUUUGUCAGGCUGGAGAUGAAGGUCACUAAGAGCUCCGGGGGAGUCCCCCGGCUGUCCUACACUGGCCGAGACGACCGCCACUUCCUCCCCAGUGGACUGUACAUCAUAAAGACUGUCAAUGAUCCCUGGACGAUGGCUUACAGCAAGAACUCCAAGCGGAAGUUCUUCUUCAACAAGACCACCAAAGAAUCGACGUAUGACCUACCUGCCAACUCUGUGGCCCCCUUCCACGUCUGCCACUCGGAGCGCUUGUUCUGGGCGUGGGAAGAAGGGGUCAGAGUUCAUGACUCCCAGUCCAGGGUGGACCCCGAAAAGCUGUCCAAAGACGACGUGCUCUCCUUCAUCCACCAACACUACCAGCCCUGAGCCACGGGGGGGCGCCAUCACAUUGAAAAACACCACAGCUCGCGCAGUGAUUCCUGCCAAGGCCAAUUGCCGAUAGACAAUGUGCAUGGUGAUGGUUAGAAAUGAAUUGUCAUUGAAUGUAUGGAUCCAAAAUUAAGGACAGAAGGUCAUCCAUUCUCAGUGGUUCUGACACUGGUUUCCCUUGUAACCAUUGGACCUGGACGAGACCACUGGCCUUUAUCCACGACCCCAGGCUCGCUGCAGCCCGUCCGAGUGCACAGAGUUCUGCUCAUUAGAAAUGUUCCGACUAAUUGACACAGUUAAGCAGCCAUUCGACACAUCCUGUUGCUCUGCAUGCACCUGCUCAGCUUUUUAUAUUUGUCCCUGUCUAUGUGUCCUCCUCGACUUGGAGUUCACAUCAUGUGUUUCCUAUGUACUGCGUGUGUGGACAGCGUACACUCACUCACACACGCAUUUACAUGUGUUUUAUCUGGUCACGUUUGUUUUAUGGACUUCGUUCCUCACUUCCCCGACCCCUCCGCCCCUUUCCCACACCCGACCAGGUUGGUUCAUCUGACCUGCGCGCUCUGUCCACAGUAGUCUUGGCUUGCCUACCAAAAGCUCCAUCCACAUAGCAUGGAGAAUCUCGAAUCAAAUGCAUUGAAUCCAUAUAGAGUCCAGCCAGCCCUCCUCUGGGUGGGGCCUGGUCCUGGAGGGUGAUUCACUAUGGGGAUUCCUGGGAGGUUCUUUCUGAACCUCGUGUGUCUUCGUUGCAUCCGGUUGCCUCCCCCCCUUCCUCUUGUUAUUGUUGUGAAAUGUCAAGGAUGACGUGUCAUUUGUUUUUCUUUGUCAUGUUUCUUCCCCAAUUAUGAAUACAAAAUAAAAGCGUGCUCUUCCCAGGAAA